UUAAAUCUUGCACUCGGCCCGAUUCGCGAGUCCGUGUGCUUUGUUCCACACCGCCUUGAAUUGUAAUGAUUUAUAAGUCAUACGUACGUCAGCUCGCUUUAGUAUUGAAUUCGACGCUUUUAUAAUAACUCGCGACAACAUGGCUCCGACUGGCGAAGUGAAGAACGAAAUCUUAUCAUCCGCUUUGGAACUGAUCGGAAAUACACCUCUCCUCGCUCUCGACAGAUUAUGGACGGGACCCGGACGUAUCCUAGCUAAGUGUGAGUUUAUGAACCCUGGAGCAUCAAUCAAAGAUCGGUCGUCGCUUUAUAUGAUACAAAACGCUCGGAAAACUGGAGAAUUGCAACCAGGCGGGCCGGUCUUGGAAGUUACGUCUGGGAAUCAAGGAUGCGGCAUUGCAGUGGUGUGCGCCGUGCUCGGACACCCCGCUACUCUCACCAUGUCCAAAGGCAACAGCGUACAAAGAGCGAUACAUAUGGAAGCGCUCGGCGCUAACUGUGUCAGGGUUCCGCAAGUUGAAGGUACGUACGGGAAUGUGACCUUGGCGGACGUGAAGGAAGCGGAAGCGGAAGGCUUACGGCUAGUAGCAGAGACGGGUGCUUUUUACGUGAAUCAAUUUAACAAUGAAAUGAAUUCGGCGUCACAUUAUUUCCACACUGGGCCCGAGAUUUGGCGGCAAACUGGGCAUCGCGUUGACGCUUUUGUGACUACAGUGGGCACGGCCGGUACGUUUGCGGGAACUUCGAAAUUCUUGAAGGAAAAAAGUCCCAAAACGUUGUGCUAUGUGGUGGAGCCGGAAGGCUCGGAGCCCAUCAAGGGCCAGCCGAUAACGAAACCUCUACAUUUACUACAGGGUUCUGGAUAUGGAUGUGUGCCUAAUUUGUUCGAGUUCGAUACCAUGGACGGAACUGUCACUGUUACUGAUGAAGAAUCCACAUACUAUAAGAAGCUCGUUGGGGAAAAGGAAGGCCUGUACGUGGGCUACACUAGCGGUGCCAACGUGGCAGCCGCCGUCAAACUGCUGAAGUCGGGCAAGUUGCCUGAAGACGCCUGGGUCGUGACCGUUCUCUAUGACAGUGGCCUGAAGUAUACACCGGUUCCUGAAGAGCUCACAUAAUUUCGACAAAACUAGAAGUAUUUUUUUAGUUAGUUGCUAUUUUUUUUAUAUAAUAAAUAAUUGAUAGAAUGUGUGAUAAUGACAAUAUACCUACCUAUAUUCUUACUCAUUAUUUAAGUAGAUGAUUAGGAUAAUAGAUUAUAUACGUAACAUGUAUGUGAAUACAUAUUAUAUCGUAAUGUUUUUACUUUUUAAUCAAUGGAUUAUCAAUAUUAGAUUUUUAAAUUUAUUGUUUUUGUGUUUUAAAUUCAUAGUAGGUAUUUUUCAUAUUGUGGCAGUAUUCUACGUUAUUCUGUGAACGAUAACAUUGAACGAUAAUUAUUUCUCUGUUGCACAAACCACUAUAGAUAAUAAGCUACUUACUUGCGUACCUAACUAGGUAUAGUAAUUCAUUAUGUAAUCUAAUAAAUUGUGUUAUAUUAUAAUUA